AUGACUUCUUAUGCCGUUUUCCCAUCUUUAAACCGCCCAAUGUCCGAUAUUUUGGAAGAUGAGUUAUAUCAUGUCAAUUCAAAUCUACCACAACAAUCAGGCUCCCCAAAAUUCUCAAAUAAGAUGUUUGAUUCAUCCGAAUUUUUGAAUAUACAACAAACAUCGGAUACGGACAACAACUACAAUUUCUCAAAAAUUUAUACCACAUCAAACAAUAGCCAGAACUCUGUGUGCUCCAAAUCUAGCACUACUGCUAACACAUCCUCAAAUAAUAAUAACAAUAAUAAUGCCGUGCCCGCCUACCAGUACCAGCUUCACAACCACGAUUCCAUUCAACCGUUCAAUGAAUAUGCUAACCCAGAUGUAGAAUUGAAUGGGUUUUCCAAGCCACAGCCUUCGCAGUUUGGCCAAAAUUUCCAACAAUUCAAUCCAUUCGCUUCUGGAAAACUUGAGGAUGAAAUGUUGUUUAAUGUCAACAUUUAUGAUAAUGAUCUAGGAAUUUCCAACAGCGAAAUCAUUGCUCUUGCAGAAAAACACACAUUCGAUUCCAUUCCUUCCCUUCAUUUUUACAAUACUAUGGAAAUUCCUUAUGAAGAUUUGGAGGAUUAUGGAAGUGACGACGAAGAUGAAGAUGAAGAUGAAGAUCGCUUGAUUGAUGUCAAUGACGAUCCCUUUUUUUACGCCCAUGAUCAAGAAAAUGAUGAGCCAGGUAGCGUAUACGAAGCGCCAUCGACUCCAAAUACCUCUGUUUUGCCAAGCCCACAAUCAUCCAAUGGGUAUAGCAACUAUUUAGCAAGCAACAAACAGUUCCUAAAUGAGAGUGCUAUCUUUGAGGAUGAUGAUAAUGAAAAUAGAACGUUGAAAUCUAUGGACGUUGACAGCUCCGAUGUGUCUGACUAUGAGGAUAGUUUCUACGAGCCUAAGUUUGAUACUGCUGCUUUGAUUGAUAAUUCAUCUAGAGCCCAUUCUUUCAUCAAUAACAACGAUCAAGAAGUUAAGAAGUUUAGAAAAAAUACUUUGAAACCAAUUUCAUUGAAUACUCUUAACAACACUUCUGGGAAAUUGAAAACUGUCUCCACCAAGAAUAAUCCAAUACAAAAAAUCAAACACAGACAUUCACAGUCGAUCUCAAAUAUGGAAGUGGGUGAUAUUAACAAGGCAUUGAACGCUUCUUCAAAUAGCACUUUGGUUAUCUCUCCAAAUUGUGCCGAUCUGGAUGAAAAUAAUCAAUGUAUGUUGAUCAAUCCAUCUACUAACUCUCCUUGCCUAAAGAAGUUCUCGAGACCAUACGAUUUGAUCAGACACCAAGAAACCAUCCAUGCAUCCAAAAAAAAGAUUUUCAGGUGCAUGAUUUGUGAAAAUAACUACAAGAAAUCUCUAGAUGAUGCACAGGCUAAUGGUGAAACUGAUAAACCUCUACACUCUCCUAAGACCUUCAGUAGAGGCGAUGCUCUUUCCAGACACAUUAGGGUAAAACACUCUUUAACUGGUGAAGCUGUGACUGAGGCUUUAAAGUAUGCCAAGGAUAAUGUGGAAUACAUCAAUAUUUGUUGA